GUCGAAGGCAAAUUGUCAAAUAAGUUACAGCGAAUUCUUGAGCCCAAUCGCCAAUGCAAAUUAUAGUGCGUCUCCUCUGCAGUUUGCUCUAAUAGACUUACAUGGAAUUUAUUUUGAUUAUUAGUGGUAGAUUUGUGUGUUAAAAUAAAGAACGAAUCGCUUUAAGAAACAUUAUCGUUUUGAUUUAAUAAAUGUGUGCGUAAAUGCUAAGAAAACUAAUUCAUAGGAGGAAGAAAAACAAGCGCCGCCGCUGCCGCAGCCUAAACGAGAGCAGCAAAGCCAAAAGCAUAUGAAAUAAUUUUCUACAAAUCUCGCUCCAUGACAUUCACGUAAUUAUCCUUUGGUGCAUCUGCUAUUUAGGGCAACUUUAAAGCGGAAAAUGAUGUUUCUGAGAUUCUGCUAGACAUUUGGUGUUCGUUUUGUAAUUCCCAACACAUACGGAGGGUGUUGAUUUCCCCACAAAAAUAAGAGGUAGGUCGUUGCAUUGGCAAGAAGAAGAAGCAUCAGGUUCAUUGGAGUCGCCUCAGUUCAUUCGUACAGUUUAGCAGUUGGUUCUGUAAUCUCUAGUGUUGUAGUUGUUGGCGAUGGAUUUGUUUGAUAAAUUAAAGACUGCUGGACCGGUGGACAAGGCGUUUAAGAAAGGUGGCGAUAAAAAUGUGAAGAAGCAUGAAUCGACGACACACAACAAGAAAAGCAGCGAAUCUAAAAACAGCUCAUCUUCCAAUGACCUCAAGGAUAAGAUAAAAUCUUCGCCAGAGAAGGCAAGAAACUCGCACGAAGGGGAUAAUCACAAAAAGAAACAUACAUCGCUUGAUAAAAGCAUGGAGAAGGAAAAAAAUCAUAGCUCUUCACCCAACAAAAAAGUUGAGGAGAUUAGUAGCAAAAAAGGCCAUAAAGAUAAGGAGGCGCAAAGCCACACAGAUAAGGAGGCAACGAGCCGCAAGUCCUCAUUGCAAGACAAUGAUAAAAGCAAGUCCAGCAAACACAGCAAGGAUCACAAGGAAGCCGAUGUUAAACCUAAAAAUAAAUCAGACCACAGCAAAGAUGACAGCAAAAGCAGACCUAGCAUUGAUAAAAAUAGUCCGCAGGAUUCGCCUAAAAAGAAAGUAAAACCCUUAGAAACCACCAAUAAACAUAAUUCCAUGCAUAAUGACAAAAAUGCAGCAAAGGAGGAAGCGAGUCCCACAAAAAAGAAACCAUUUGAAGAGCAAGACAAGAAGAAUUUGCAAUCUCGCCACAAAGAUCAUGAACAGAAAGUGGCCAAAUUUAAUGAACAACACAAAACGGAUGAUAAGAACCAGAAACGGCGUGAAUCUCUGCCAGUUUCCUUGGUCCGACCACCCCACAAGAAAAAGGGGGACAAAUCGCGUAGCUUGUCCCCCAAGAAUGAUACACCACCUGCCAAAGUCAAACUUUUCAAAGUUAAAUUGGAGCGAAAAUCUCUGGCCGAGUUCAAUACAGUGGCUGUGGUUCACAAUACCAGCAGCAACAGCAGUAACAGCAUUAAGGAGAGGGCAAAAGUACCGAAGACUCCCACAAAGGCGCAACAGAAACAAUUUGAACCAAUGGGGUUAGGGCUAAACAAAUCAAAAGCACAAAUCAAGAAAGAUCAGAAAAUAAAACGUUGCGUUGUACGUAUACGGCGAGAUAAUUUGAAAAAAUUAAUGCUAGAAUUUAAGAAAAGCCACACGGCGGCAAAAUUGCCCAAACUUGUGCUGGGCAAGAGAAUGGCCCCUUCUUCAUCGCCCUCUUCAGCGGUUAGAAAUGAUGUUGGUUCCCCUCCCGUCAAAAAAGGUAAAUUGGUUGCAGCUGCCGCUUCUUCACCAAAGGCAAAGAACAGCUUUUUCAUUAAACUGUCAACGCCCAAACUGGACAAAUCAAAAUCCGAUAAAAAGGACAAAAAGUCAUCUAGCUCAAAGCACAGCUCGAAAAAUUUCUCUUCGUCCUCCUCCUCGUCAUCAUCGUCAUCGUCCUCCUCUUCAUCUUUAUCAUCCGGUAUAUCAUCAUCUGUGGCCCAGCACAAUAAAAUAAAAAAUUCUAAAUCUCUGGUUAGCACAACACCCACAAAGUUCUCCAAGAGUCAGUUGAUCAGCACUUUUGGCAAGCAAUGGUUUAAUUCGCUUGUUCGCAUUAGGAAAUGCAAACAUCCUAUGGUGCUUACCUUUGAAUCCAAUGCCCGCGCCCGCCGAUUACAGAACAAACAAAACAAAUCGAAAAACCUUUCGGUAUCUUUCCGCGAUCAGGUAGAGGUAUUUGGCGACACCUCAGAUUCAGAUGAUUCAUACGAUGAGAAUUUUUGUGCUAUACCCAAUGCCAAUUCCUCUAGCUCAUCCACACGCAACAGUCGACGUGGCAGUGGUGCAAAUGGGGCAGCAGCAACAUCAGCAAUACCCGCCGCCCCACCUCUGGUAAUGCCUGCUCGUUUGAAGAAAGUCGAAAAUGGUAGGGUGGUGGAUGACAUUGUCCUAGACCCUGCCCUCUUUUUGGAUCCGCAAAGCCUGGUUGCCAGCACACCUUAUUCGCCGGGACGUAAGAAACGAGAUCACAAAUCAUUUAGCCCUCUAAAAGACGAGGGUACCCCGAGUCCCCGCAAAGAACAACUGAAACUGGCCAACGAAAGAGUACCACCAACCGGGCUCAGGCGAUUGAAUAUCGAUGAGGAAGACGAUGAAGAUGAUGAUUGUGAAUAUAUUGUACCUAUCGAACUGCCACAACGUCGUACUUCGCGUACAAAUUCCACAAAUACCGUUGAAGCUGGACCCAACAUUAUUCCUCCCACAUUUGAUGAAUCCUACCCUGCAUCCGCCAUUCUCAAACAAAUUGAUGAGGAAAUUACCAUUGGCAAGGAAAUCGCAUCACCGGUUACUGUGUCAAGCAUCAACACAGAAGACAAAAAUAAUGCCGAUAAUGACACAGAAUCUCAUGAUAGUUUUCAAUCUGCAAAUUAUCAGCCAUCUUUUCCUGCUAACAAGCAUACGAAUAAUAUCUCGCAGGCCAAAAAUAUAAAUGGAAAUGUUGAAAAAUCAAUGGCGGAAAAUAUUUGCAGUAAUGAUGUCCCUAUGAAUUUAUUCAUUGAAGACUCACAAACGAAUGAGGAUUGUCCGGAGAAGAACUAUGUGGAUAGCAUAAUCAAUGAAACCAUUGACAAACUGGGACGAGACAUUGGUUCCAACGAUAGCCCAGCUAGCGAUGAUCAGUUUGCAAAAUAAGUUUUAAUAAGGCUUACGUAGAAUUGUUUUUGCCUCUAAAGGAAAUGAUUUAGCUGCUAUGAUGAAUUUCUUUAAUUUGGAUACACUAUUCUGUUAAACUGAUGUUUUUAUAUACAAAAAAUCCUUUUGGAAGCUUAUAAUUUUUUGUUUUAAACAAGCAAAUUUGUUUUUUACAAAACCAUUCGGACAUUAUAUCUAUUUAUAAGUAGUAGUAUUGUAUUUUACAAUAAUAAAUUCUUUUGUUAAUAAAUCAAAACAGAAACUUUUAAAUCUCCCCACAUAAUAACAAUCUCACAAAUCUAAACAAAAUAAAAAAACACCUUGUCCCCCCUAAAUGCUAUUUUUUAAGAUAUUCAUAUUUUUCUAAUUAAAUAUGAUGUAAUCAAUGUCCUUAAUGAAAGCAAAUAAAAAAAACUAUAUUAAUAAUGAUACUUAAAAAUAAUCAUAUAUAUAUAUAUGCAUAUAUCCUUUUAAAAUGACAAAAUUUAUAAGUUGUAAUUUUUAGUUAAGAAAAAAAACGUCCUUCUUGUGUUUAUUAACUAAGGUCUUUUUAGAAUGAAACUUCAUAUACUGGCCUUCUGAAGGGCAGUUGCGGCAUAAUUGCCUUUUAAACCUGGAUUACCCCUACACCAAGCAUUUGAAGCUUUUUCAUUUUAUCUCUUUCUUAAAAGAGAGAUUUUUUUUUAACAUGUUUAGGAUUUCGUCAUAUGCCACAAAUAACGUGUGGACCUAUGUUGUCAGUUCCAGUAAUUAUUCUUCAUUCUUAUAAAGACCUUUUGUUUAGAAUUUUACAAGUCCCCCACCCCCAUGCCUGCACCUAUUUAAAUCGUUGGAUAUAUACUGCAAUUUUACCAUAUUUAAAAUCAUAAAAAUGAAAUUAAAAUAUUAUCCUGUAUUAUUUUUCAUUACAAUUACAUAUAGUACGUAUGUAUAAAUUAUACCAUAAUAAAAUAAAAUAAAAAAAGAAAUGAUAAAUUAGAAAAACAACAGAAAAAUAAAAUU